AGAAUCACGUGAUGUUCUCAAAGGGACAUGAGCUGAUAAUCCAACAGAUAUUAACCCAUCGUGACCCCGACUCCAAAAGGCCCCGCUUUGUUACAAGUCCUGUAUAAUGACACUCGUAAAACAAUAUAAAGUUAAUGCAAACAAGAUAAAAAGGAAGAACGAUUACCAUACAAUACCUUCAGGUUCCUGGCAUUCGAUCGUUGCAGAAGUUCAUUAGUUAUACCCUGGUCACAUAGGGGGAACUGAAAACAGGAACUAGAUCCGAUACACAAUAUAACCCCAUCGGGGCGAUCAUCAAUCGGUUCUGGAUUGGCUUGGUUGGUUCUGAGGUGCGGCUGCGGAUCAUAAUCGGAAUAGCUGGGAUCAAACUUCAAAGCACCACAGAUUAUUCUUCCUCGAUCAGUCGUUCUUUGAAGUCUAAUACUGGCAUAUACCAGAUUUUGUCAACAAUUUUCUCCAUAUUGUAACAGAGAAUGCAUAGGAUCAUGUUGAAUUGGUUCAUGCUCGUUGUCGGGCUCGUCUUCAGCGCGAGUGCGUUCAACAACCCUCUCCGCCAAGAGCACCAUGGUCAUCAUCGUCAUCGUUUUGGUGUGGAACAGGUCCAGCUCCAGGACAUUGUUUACGAGACCCCUAGUGACCAGAUUACCCAUUUUGAACCAGCCACUGAAUGCAACGUGACGGGUAAGUGGUACAACAGUCUCGGUUCCGAAAUCAUCCUCACCGUCGAUAGAGAAACAGGUCACGUGACAGGCGAAUUCAGGACUGCAGUGGAGAGGAGACCCGGAGCUGCAGGUUCUGGUCCUGGACGUGUCUCGGGAUGGACUUCCAUGGACGGAUCCCAUAAUGCAAUUGCCUUCUCAGUCCUCUGGAGUAACGGCGCUUCGGCCACGGCCUGGACAGGUCUGUGCCAUGUUUGCCAAGGUCAAGAAAUCAUGAAGACCACCUGGAUCUUGACCAGUGAGGUCGACACCUGCGAGGACCAUUGGUCAUCCAACAGAAUUGGACAGGAUGAUUUCACUCGUAUGGAAAUGGCACCGGGUCCCCGUCAACAUCUGGGCCUCAAUACUCCUUCAGACUUCACAGAGGCAGCCGAGAGAUUUAGAGAGGGCGUCCUCUCUCAAAAUAGACAGGGCGUUUAAAAUGGCAUUUCAAUACGCAUAUAUACACGGACCGAGAAGUCCAGUAUUCCAUUUGCAAGGAUUACCAAGAAGUAUUUUUCGAAUUAAAAAAUAAAACAGAGUAUAAUCGUUCGCCCUGUUAAGCCCUUAACAUGCUUAGGGUGAUCAGGUGAGGUGAAUGGGUACCUGGCAGGAAUUUAUUCCUUGAAAUGCGUGUGCGCUGUAAUCUUAGUAAUUACGGCUGCCAAGCUACAGCUGGGGUAAUAAUAUCCAAGUCCUUUGGAAGCGCAUAGAGACAUUAUUCAUAAUCGUGAUAUGCGCUAUACAAGAACUGUUUAUUAUUAUUAUUAUUAUUAUUAUUAUCUAUCUGUCCCUAUCCUUCUGCUCUCGUGCUCAUAAUCUUGUAAUGGUGCUGGGGGCUAACCAUCGGGUAUAUUACAAUUAUGUAUCGAGUAAUAUGAUAUUCGAUUACACUUCGAUUAGAACAUUCAUCCAAUAAAUUUAGAUUUGUAAAUUUCA